AUGCUUCUCUCAGAGGAUCCCGCGACGCUCAUCGAGCACACGAUCAAAAACUUCAACAUCGCCCCCGACAAACAAGCCGUAUCGCGCAUCAACGAAUCCCUUUCCACACUCGGCCAAGCUCGAGAACUCCGUGCAAAGGAAGCCGAAGAUGCGAUAAGACGUCUUGCACGCUCCCUCAAGACGAAACACUCCCAACACGAAGAACUAGUCUCCUCCCAUUCCUCAACCGACCACGCCUCGGAAAUCGCCCGCCUCGAUACCCAGAAAUUCCGCACAGCAAAGGCCGCCUCCGACGCCGAGAUGGAAACCGAACGUCUCGCCCUUCAAGCCGCCGACCUCGCCGCCCGCCUCCAGGAACUCGAGCUCCAGGGUGUCGACGGCGGAGAGAGCGCGAGGAGGCGGGAUCCCAUCGACGACGAGGUUCUGCUGAGGCUCAAGGUGUAUAGGAGCCUGGGUAUCGAGGUCGAGAGGGACGAGAAGGAUGGGGAGUUCACGAAGGCUAUCAUUAGGAAUGAUAGGAAGGGUGAUGUGCACGUCGUCAACAUGGACAAGAAGUUCUCGAGGUUCUUUUACGCCAACUACUUCUGGCAGACGGUUUAA